CAUUGAUGGAGCAAUCACUAUCCCAAGCUCCCUGACAAAGAAGCAGUAUCAGGCUGUCUCUGAGCGCCAGCAAACUAGUGAGGCCUGGGGAGUGAGGGGGAACCUGAGAUAUAGCUCAUCACUUACAGAGGGGAGUUGGCCUAGAUUUGGCUAGAUGACCUGGGAGGUUGCUUCCAGCUCUCAGAUCCUGUGAUCCUACAGUCAGGGGCACAGCUGACUGGUGCAGAGUGGAGAAGCUGGCUUUAACAUUCCUGGAUGCAGGUGAUUCUGUCACCAGGAGGGAGUACCAGAUACCAGAAGACCUCUCUUACAGACGCCUAGACCAGACACAUUCAGAAUGGAGAGCCCUUCUCUGGCUGGCGGCAGGCAGCGAUCACCCAGGCCUCUUGACCCAGCCUUGGCCUCAGCCCCUUCCCUCCGAAGGAUUCCACCAGGAAUCAGCCCCUUCAGGACACAGGGGGCCCAAGCCCGGGAGACUGAGCAGGCUGCAGUGCAGGCAAACCAGGUCCAUCAGGACAACCUGUGGAGGGAGCUGCUGGAGGCUGAGCUCAGGAGCCAGAAGCGCUGGAUUGAAAAUUGGAGCUUUUUGAAAGACUAUGAUCCAAUGGGUAAUAAAAAAGAGCACCCAAAGCUACCAGAACAUAUCUCUUUAUUUUCUGACACAGUUCCCAGCACAGCUAAUCAGGUCAUUGGCAGCAGGGUGAAUACAGAGCUAGGCAAGAAAAUAUCAGGCAUGGAUUUCCUCUUUGCUGAAGGAAAUCGUAAGAAGAAACUUAAGGAUGGCUUUCAAUCCAUCUAGAAUUCCAAAGAAAUAUUGUAUGUUCUUUCCCACAUUUGCAUCAAGCUUAAGAUGAAACAAAUGAUGAAAAACAAGUUCAUGGAGAACAAUACUUUCAUGAACAGUUUUGUCAAAGGCUCUAUCAGCCCUACUGAGCGGUAUCAAGGCUGAGCUCCAAGCAAACCCCAUGGAAUCGUCGGUAGAACAUUCGAGCUGGCAGGAACCUCAUAGACCACUGAAUCCAUACCUCUUGUUUUAUAGAGAAGGAAACAAGGCCCAGAGAAGGGAAAUGAUCUGCCAAAGUCACACAGUAAUUCAGCGGCCUGGCUGGAACCUGAAUUCCCCGACUCCCGGUCUAGUUGACUUUAUAUCAGAACUGACUGCCUCUAAAUAAACUCUGGCCUCGAAAGGCUUUCAAAAGAGAUGUAAACAUCCAUUGUAUAAGUUUUCAAGGCGAGUAUUAACUUGAUCUUAUUACUGGCAAAGUUGAAGUGUGAGAGGAUUAAUGUUUUCUGGUUCCUGGGAGGGGGGAAGGUGCCGUUUCUGCCAUUGGGAGAUUUGGCCUUUCAAGAUUCCUUGGCAGCCUCCAGCUGGCACCCCUUCCACCCAGGCAUCUCUUAGGAGUCGAGCUAACUCUCUGGUGUCAUAAUGAACUGUCCCUGUGUGCUUAUACAAAAGACAUGAAACAGGAUCUGGAGUCAUCAGAAAAAUGAAUCAGAGGGCUGCUUCCAGACGUUUUAAACAGUCUUCAAUUGCUCUCAAAUGGUAGUUACAAUGGAGGCCCCAUGCCUAGGAAGCUCUCGGUCUGUGCUGCCUCCCUGGGGGCAUUCAGCCAGGCCUCCUAACCAGCUCCGAGACUGGGCUUGCAGAAAUAUACCAAGGGCAAACUGAUACAUGUGCGGGGCAGGUGGGGAGGGGGUGGGGAGAGAGGAAAGCUGCCAGAAUGGAACAGGAAAUAAUCCUAGGGACACCUGUCCCCCAUAAGAAGCAUGAGAGAAAUGCUAAUCACAACUUCUUAGUUUCUUUAUAAUUCCUUCACCAUUCAUUUAUUUAACAGCAUUUAUUAAGCUCUGACUGUGCUAGGUAUGGAGGGGGAUGGCAUGGGCAUGGGGCAGGGGGAGAUGCAAAGUUUAGAUAAGACUAUCCCUGCCCUCAUGGAGUACCUAAGAACUCUUCACCCUUCUAAAACACACAUCACUAUCAUAAUAGUAUAAUGGUCUAACGCUAGCCAGAACAAAUUUGUUCUGCGAAGUUUGGAUUCAGUAAAAGGGCUGCACCUUAGAACCUGGAGCCUCGGGGCUGCAGGUUCCCUACCCCUGCAGCAGCCCAAAGCCCAGGCUUUUCCCUACCCACUCCAUCCACCAGUGCCCAGCCCCCUUAAUUCUGUGGAGCCUAUAAUCACACCUUCCAUCUCUGAAGCACAAUGUCAUUAUUUCCGUCAAUAUUCAUUAAUUCAUUAAUUUAUGCAAAGAUUGUAACUUUGAUGUUUACUCUAUCUUCCUUACAUGGCUUUCUUCAAGCCCCAGCUAAACUCCCACCUUCAACAAGAAGCCUUUCUUGACCACCCAUAGUGCUCGUGCCUCUGUUGAUUAUUUCCAAUCUAUCUUGUACAUGGCAUAUUUGUACACAGUUGUUUGCAUAACGUCCUCCAUUAGACUUCGAGCUACUAGAGAACAGGCACUGUCUUUUUUGCUUUCUUUGUAUCCUCAGGCUUAGCACAGUGCCUGGCAUACGGUAGGCGCUUAAUAAAGGUCUCUUGACUGAU